AGAAGGUCAGCUACUGAUUUUCAAUGAUAGAGAAGUAUCAUUUUGGUGUAAUUAAGUUUAUACUACCUUUUUAAUAAAAAAUUUGAACUAUUUGAAGUUAACAUAUUUUAUUAAGUGUGUUUAAAUUUUAGGUACAUCAUGUUUCGAAAUUUACAACUCGGUGGUAGCUUCUCCAAUGUGCUUAAAGGCAAAACUGAAGUUGUAUCAACAUCAUCAUCAAAGACACCACGAGCAUUAAAAUCAGCUAAACAGAUUGUGCCGUCUAAUCCUAUUACUUUGAACAAUUACACAUUUCAGAAUAAUUUAUUGUCGAAAGUUGGACUCACAUCAGUGGUUUCUACCCAAAUUCGUUUAGCUCAUACUGACAUCAAAUUUCCUGAUUACACACCUUACCGCCGUGACUCAGUAAAAAGUCCAACAGCUAAAAAUUGUGAUACUUUUGAAAGCCGAAAUGCUUUUACUUAUAUGGUUCUCGGAACUGCUGUAACUGGUACUGUUUUCUGUGCUAAAGCUGUUGUUCACAAGUUUGUAUUAUCUAUGGCUCCUGCUGCUGAUGUCUUAGCAUUAGCAUCAAUUGAGGUAAAUUUAAAUGAAAUACCUGAAGGAAAAAAUGCUACAAUCAAGUGGAGAGGAAAACCAUUGUUUGUAAGACAUCGUACAGCAGCUGAAAUAGAAGCUGAACAAAGCACUAAUGUAGCAGAGCUGAGAGAUCCAGAAGAUGAUUCAGUUAGAGUACAAAGGCCAGAUUGGUUAGUUAUUGUUGGCGUGUGUACACAUCUUGGAUGUGUACCUAUUGCUAAUGCUGGUGAUUGGGGUGGAUAUUACUGUCCAUGUCACGGAUCACAUUAUGAUGCAGCUGGUAGAAUUCGUAAAGGCCCUGCACCUACUAACAUGGAAGUACCACCCUACAAAUUUUUAGAUGAUAACACUCUUCUAGUUGGUUAGUAAAUAGUCACCAAAGUAUUUUGUCUUUAGAUUUCAUGUUACUGUAUUAUAAAUUAUCAACAAUAUAAAUCCUAUAACUCUUACACUACAUGAACUAUUUUAUGAAAUGUAUUGUUUUAUUUUUUACCAAUUUGUUUCUAAGUAAAAAUAUUACAUUUUAACAUUAUAAAACAUUAUGUCAACUCAAAAUUCUGUUAUUUAAUGAAAAUAAAACAACAAAUUAAACAUUUA